AUGAAUGAGAUCGCUCUGCUACAGCUAGUCACUGGCCGUCUAAAUGGGGCGUUACCGGUCACAGUCGAAUAUAACAAGACGUCUGAUGGCUGGAUUCAGUACAAUGGCAGUCAGUAUUUCAUCAAUCUUGAUUUUUACUCUAUGGAAGAAGCUCGUUACUUCUGUAAGAAGAAUCAUGCUGAUCUUGUUGUUGUCACUGGUCAGACUGAGAGGAGAUUCAUAUGGAAGCAGAUAUCGAGACUUGGAGAAUCACAAACUCAGUUCUACAUCGGGAUGACUGUAGCGUUGGACCAAUCCUUUAGUUGGGUGGACGGUUCACCUGUUGUAUUCACUGCAUGGGAACAAAAUGAACCAAAUUUCGCCAACAAUAAUGAGAACUGUGUGGCCGUUUUGAGAAGCUCAGGAUUCUGGAAUGAUGUUAAUUGUCGUUUAUCGUUACCCUCAAUCUGUAAAAGAAGUGCUGAUUUUGUCAACACCACCAUGUCUCCAACCACUGUAUCAGCGGGCGGCUGCGCUCCUGAAUGGUCUCUGUUGAGAGGAAAAUGUUACAAGUUUUUCAAAAAUAAGAUGUCAUGGCAUAAAGCACAAGAUCACUGCAUUUCUAAUAAUGGCAAACUGGUGUCUAUUUGGAGUCGCACAGAGCAAUUUUUUCUCACAACUUUAAUGCUAAGUGCUGUUGAUGACGUGUGGAUCGGUGCAAAUGACAUUGCCACAGAUAAAAAAUUUGUGUGGACUGAAAAUCGAGCUGUCAGAUACACAAACUGGCUCAAAGGUCAACCUUCAUCAUGGGGCAAUGACUGUGUUGUGAUGGUUAAAGACCAAGAGAAGUUCACUGGUAUGUGGAAAGUUGAAGACUGUGGAGAUAAGAAAGGUUUCAUCUGCAAGAGGAACACAGACUCUCAGCUGUCUGCUCCAGUGACCAAAGCAGUACCACAGAAAUACUUCAGUCUGGGCAAUGAUUCAUAUAAGGUCCAGCUGGAGAAGAUGAGCUGGGAUGAAGCGAGAAGACAGUGUAAAGCUGAUGAUGCUGAUCUUGCGAGUGUACUGGACUCCAUCAGUCAGGCGUACACCAGCCUACAAGUCGACAAACUCAAAGAACCUUUGUGGAUCGGACUCAACAGUAACCUGACAGGUGGACGCUAUCGCUGGGUGGAUAACUGGUUUCUAAGAUACAGUAAAUGGGCUACAGGAGAACCCAAAAACAAUUUAGCUUGUGUUUAUAUUGACACGGAUGGAGACUGGAAAACUGCAGCGUGUAACAACACAUAUUAUUCCCUCUGUAAACGAUCAACAGGUAUUUCAUUCUACAUAUAA